AUGGUCUUGUUUACGCAAGAGGGCGGUUUGUCGUCGGCGUCUCCGUCCGGUGCAGAAGCAGCAGCAGCAACAGCAGCAGCAACUGCAGCAGCAACUGCAGCAGCAACAGCAGCAACACUGCUGCAACCACCAACAGCAGUAUCUCCAGCAGCAGCAGCAGCAACAGCAACAGCAGCAGCAGCAGCAGCAGCAGCAGCAGCAGAGCAGAAGCAGCAGCAGCAGCAGCAGCAGCAGCAACAGCAGCAGCAGCAGCAUCAGCAGCACAAGCAGCAACCGCAGCAACAGAAUGACCAGCAGCAGCAGGAAGAGGAGGAAGAGGAGGAAGAGCAGCAGCAGCAGCAGCAGCAGCAGCAGCAGCAGCAGGAGAAAUUCGUGUUGUCUCAGCUGCUGCCUAGCUGCUGCUGCUUAGUCUGCUGCUCUGUUUAUAUAUGUUGGGGGGCCCUCAGGGGGUGGGUACUGCAGGGGGGCCCCUGCUGCGCUGCAGCAGCAGCAGCAGGAGCGUGGAACGCAUGCAGAGGGUUAAGGGGGGGAGAUGCUGCUGCUGCUGCUGCAGCAGAUGUGCUGCUGCUGCUGCUGCAGCAGCAGCAACACAAAAAACAAACAGCAGCAAAUAGACUCCUCGCUGCUCUUGGGCUGCUGCAUGCAGCAGCAGCCAAGCAGCAACUGCAUGCGCUAGAGCUGCUGCUGCAGCAGCGGCUGCUGCUGCUGCAGCAACAGCUGCAGCAACAGCUGCAGCAGCAACAGCAGAAACCGCAGCAGAAACACCAGCAGCAGCCGCAGCAGCAACAACACCAGGAGCAGCAGCAGCAGCAGCAACAGCAGCAACAACAGGAGCAGCAGCAGCAGCAACAACAGCAAGAACACGAAGAGCAGCAACAGCAGCAGCAGCAACAACAGCAGCAGCAGAAGCAGCAGCAGCAACAACAGCAGCAGCAGAAGCAGCAGCAGCACCAGGGGGGCCCCCUAAACUUCAUUAUUGUUGAGGGUACACAGGGGCCCCCGCAAGAAACGCCUGCUGCUGCUGCUGCUGCUGCUGCUGCUGCUGAUGAUGUUGCUGCUGCAGCAACACUUGCUGCUGCAGCUGUUGCUUCUGCUACAGACGCAGCAGCAACUGCUGCAACAGCACCAGCAGCAGCAGCACCACCAGCAGCAGCACCACCAGCAGCAGCACCUGCUGAAGCAGCACCAGCUGCAGCAGCACCAGCAGCAGCAGCACCUGCUGCAGCAGCAGCACUAGCAGCAGCAGCACGUGCUGCAGCAGCACCUGCUGCAGCAGCACCUGCUGCAGCUGAUGAUGCAUGUCUUGCUUCUGGCUGUUCCCCCGCUGCAGCAGCGCCUCGACCUUCAACAGCAGCAGCACUAGCAGCACAAGCAGCAGCAGCAGCAGCAGCAGCAGCAGCAGCAGCAGCAGGGUUUGAUGUGAGAUAUCUUUCUGCUUUUGUUUCUGCUGCAGCAGCAGCAGCAGCAAAACGGCGUCGCAUGCGGCUGCUGCAGCUUUAUUUAAUACGCCAUCUUUUUAUUAAUAUUAUCAUCAACAGCAGUCCUGCUGCUGCUGCUGCUGCUCCUGCUGCUGCUGCUGCUGCUGCUCCUGCUCCUGCUGCUGCUCCUGCUGCUGCUGCUCCUGCUGCUGCUGCUCCUGCUGCUCCUGCUGCUGCUGCUGCUGCUCCUGCUGCUGCUGCUUCUGCUGCUGCUGCUUCUGGUGCUGCUGGUGCUGAUGCUGAUGUUGCCCCUGCUCCUGUUGCUUCACCUGCUGCUGCUGCUGUUGCUGCUGCUGCUGCUGUUUCAGCAACAGCAGUCGGUGGGGGGCCCCACCAUCAAGAGGAGGUGGGGGCCCCCCUGGGGGCCCCCCUCGACCACAAGACAGGGGGCCCCCCAAGCGAACCCUUCGCUGGCGACCCUCGGGGGGCCCCCGUGGGGGCCCCCCUGGGGGCCCCUGAGGGAAAGGCCCCCGGGGGGCCCCCUUGGGGGGCCCCCAAGGAGCAGGUACUCAGGGGGCCCCCUCGGGGGGCCCCUGAGGAGGAAGUACUCGGGGGCCCCCCUCGGGGGGCCCCCAAGGAGGAGGUACUGGGGGGGCCCCCUCGGGGGGCCCCCAAGGAGGCCCUCGGGGGGCCCCCUCGGGGGGCCCCUGAGGAGGAGGCCCUUGGGGGGCCCCCGCGGGGGAGCCCUGAGGAGGGGCUACUGGGGGGUCCCCCCCCUCUGGGGGCCCCUGGGGAGGGGCCCCCUGGGGAGGGUACUGGGGGGGAGAAGCAGCAGCAGCAGAGACAAACAGCAGAAGCGGUGGGGUCGGUGCAGCAACGGCUGCUGCAGCAGUUGCUGCCGCAGCACCUGCAGCAGCAGCAGCCGCAGCAGCAGAAACAACAGAAGCAGCAGCAGCAGCAGCAGCAGCAGCAGGAGAUAAAUUUCUCCUUGCUGCUCACCCCCAAGCAGCAGCAGCAGGAGGAGGAGGAGGAGCAACAGCAGCAGCAGGAACAGCAACAGCAGCAACAGCAGCAACAACAACAGCAGCAACAGCAGCAACAGCAGCAGCAGCAGCAACAGCAGCAACAACCGCAGCAGCAGCAGCAGCAGCAACAGCAGCAGCAACAAAACGUCUCAGCAGCAGCAGGAGACAACGAAGAGGCAGCAAAGGAGACACCUCAUUUAGCUGCUGGCGAGAGCAGCAAUCCUCCUUCACUGCAGCAGCAGCAGCAGCAGCAGCAGCAGCAGCACCAGCAACAGCAGCAGCAGCAACAGCAGCAGCAGCAGCAGCAGCAGCAGCGGCAGCAGCAGCGGCAGCAGCAGUUCCCGCGUUUGUUUAAAUCAGCUGCUGUUGAAGCUGCUGCUGCUGAUUGGCUGCAUGCAAUCUGCUGCUGUCUGCUGCUGCAGCAGCAACGGCCCUCAACUGCAGCACAAGGAAAUGCUGCGGUGCUGCAGGCGGUGCAGCAGCUAGACAAACUAUGGCUGCAGCAGCAGCAGCAGCAGCAGCAGCAGCAGCAACAGCAGCAGCAACAACAGCAGCAGCAGCAGCAACAGCAGCAGCAGCAGCAACAGCAGCAACAGCAGCAGCAGCAAAAACAACCGAAUUGCAUCGUUCUGGGUGCUGCACGCAGCAGCACCAGCAGCAACUACACCUCUAACAACAGCAGCAGCAACAGCAACAGCAACAGCAACAACUUUACCAGCAGCAGCAGCAGCAGCAGCAGCAGCAGCAGCAGCAGCGGCAGCAGGGUUUCUGAGCUGCUGCCCCUUGAGGUUGGCUAUGUCUUUGGGGGGCCCCCUCGCUCCCCCUUUAAAUCCUUAUAUACAGGACAGACUGCAGCAGCAGCAGCAGCAGCAGCAGCAACAGCAGCAGCAGCAGCAGCAGCAAGAGCAGCAGAGGCAGCAGGAACAGAAGCAGAAACAGCAACAGCAGCAGCAGCAGAUGCGCCUGGGGAAAACGCGAUAGAAGCAGCAAAAGGAGAACCAGAAACAGCAGCAGCAGCAGCAGCAACAGCAACAGCAACAGCAGCAGCAGCACCAAACGCAACAGCACCGGAAGGAGCAGCAACAGCAGCAGCAGCGGCAGCAACGGAUGCAUGCAGCAGCACCACAUUUGAAUCAGCAGCAGCAUCAACAGCAGCAGCAGCUGCUGCAGCAGCAACUACAACAGCAACUGCAGUAGCAGCAGCAGAUACAGCAGCAGGAGAAGCAGCAGCAGCGUCACCAGCACCUGCAGCAGCAGCAGAAGCACCAGCAGCAGCAGCAUCAGCGCCAGCACCAGCUGCAUCUUCACCAGCACCUGCAGCAGCAGCAGCACUUGCACCAGCAGCAGCACCUGCAGCAGCAGCAGCAGCAGCAGCAGCAGCAGCAGCAGCAGCAGAUGAAGACGAGAUAUGGGCAGCAGCAGCAGCAGCAGCAGUAAUAGCUGCGCCGGCAGCAGUUACAACGGCAGCAGUAGGAGCUGCUGCUGCAGCAGCUGCUGCAGCAAGAACUGUUGCAGCAAGAGCAGCAGCAGCAACAACAGCAACAACAACAGCAGCAACUGCAGCAGCAGCAGCAGCAGCAGCAACUGCAGCAGCAGCAGGGUGUCUGUACACCGGGAGCUGCUGA